AUGGGUAUGACCAACUCCGCUGCCACCCUGACCCAGCCAACGAAGGAAACCCUGAACUCUCAGAUCCGAAAGCUUGUUCGAACACCACAAAGCCAUGUCUUCAACAUCGUCGUCGAUUCCUUCUGGAUCAUCUCGGCCCCUCCGGCGAUUUGUAUGAUCGCUCACAGAAAGAUCAUCAUGCAAACAGCCUCUACGAGUACGGGGCCGGAUCGACUUGCCUGUUCUGGAUCAGAGCCCACUCCUCUGACUCUGACUCAGCACAUCUGCAGGUGGUUAAAGAUCAAGUGCUCUGAUGGCCUGGCUCGACGCAAGUGCUUGGCGGAGAACAUGACAAGCCGCCGGGUGCUGGUUCUCAAAGCCUUGUUGAAUAUGGCUGAUGAUUGUACCCGGCUUGUUCGGAGACCGGGACAGCCUGAUCAGUCGUUGAUCGCGAAACUCUCCGCUGGUUCGGAUCCGAGAAAAGGUUCCUGUAGGUUUGUGGGCUUUGUCGACCGGGUGAGCCCCUGA